AAAUAUUUUUAAGCUUUCUAUAACAAACUUUUUAAGAACAAGAAGCUAUUUUUACUGUUUUUUCAUGUUUUUGAUCAAUAUGGAAAGUAUAAAAAUUUGAGAAACAUAUCCAAAGACUUCCUCCAUAGCGUAUCGAUUUUUUACAUGGGAUUCUUUUUCUCUCUACAGUAAUGUUAUUAACGUAAAGAGGUAAUGGUAAAACAUACCUAGUUAUGGCAAAAAUAAGACACAAAAGAUGUAAUUAUUAAACACAUUGCCUAGAAACUAGAAACCUGAAAAUCGAGAAUUUAUUUAUAAUCUUUGGGUAAUCAAAGACUAUUAAUAAUUUUUUCUAUAAAAAUAAAGGAAAGAAAAGAAAUGAAGAGAAUUCUUAUACACAUACAGGCGUUUAUGCCUCGUGUUGAUUUGCACGCGGAGGGUAUUACAAUACAAAGGAGAACAUUGCAGGAUUUAGAUGAAGUUGUGACAGUGACCAUACCCAAAUCCACUCCAUUCUACACUACCUGACAAUGAACCUUUAGACUUUGACCUUACUUUUGCACAUGGCCUAACACCAAAUUUUCCCCAUUACGUAGGGCACUCAGGAUCCUCUCCUUGCCCCUCAACUCCUACAAACUCAACAUAUAAAAUGAAAUAUUGAAUUUGUAACUAACACCACAAAAGGAACCGCGAAAUCGAGAAACAGGGAUCGUGUACCUGUAGCUAGCGCACCUGAAAUAAUAUUUGACCCUGAAAGCGACGACGAUGACGAAUACCAAGACUACAAUGAACUACGACACCAGACUAUGUUAUCAGCGAAAGACGCAAUAAGAUACAUUCCAAUUUUAAACGGUGACGAUGAUGUUGGAGUGGAAGAUUUCAUAAAAGAAGUACACACUAUGCGAAUGCGUUGUUCACAAAGAGAUUUGUUAUUGAAAGCCAUUAAAGUCGAUAAAAUAGUUGGUAAAGCCGCGCGAAAUAUUCGGAACAUACCUAUUGAAAAUUAUGUAGCUUUACAUGACGCUUUAAGAUCCAACGUAACAGUUCAAGUAACAUCUGAUGAAUACGAAGAACAAUUACGCGAUUUGAAACAAGGACGCGACGAAUCUGUUCAAAGUUUCAAUAUCCGAUUCCGCCACAUAUUAAAUAAACUUACGACUUCGACACAACAUAGGACGCAUACUGUUAGCAAACGAACCAUUUUCAUUGAGCGAAACAAAAAAUUCAACCACGAGACUAGUCUUGGGGUGAUCUUGGUCGUGAUUUGAACAACUAUUUCAAUACUUUGUAACUUCGGUACUUCAUUGUAAUAUUGUACUUAACCACUUUGGUGAAUAAAAGCAUAUAAAAAUAUUAAAGGAAAGUCAAGUUAAGCUGUCGCUCAGUUCUUCCUUUUUUAUCACGAAUUUUACAUGACAAAGUCGUGGCGUCAACUACGCCGCCAUGACCCACCGUUCACUUUCAUAAUCACGAAUAUCGCGAAUAUUUUGUUUAAAUGAUAUUUUCUAUUCAAAAUUGCAUCUAAAUUCGCAGAAUACAUUUCUGUUCAUAAGUGAUGACUUGUGUAUAUACAUUCUUGCUCUUUUAUUAUUGAUAUUUAAAAAUUGAUCGAGAUGUCCCUGACAAUGAGACCCGAUAAAUCUCCUUACACAAAUGGAUAUACAGGUUGGACCAACUAAAUACCUGUCUAUUGUUGUAUGAAAUAACCUCUGAUGAUAAAGUUGCACUGUUUCAACGAACACGUGUAACGGUAAAAAUAUUUUUCUCUCAGUGUCAUUUUUUUACGAGAUUGCAAGAUUAUUGAUAUUUUUCAAAUGGAAUCAUAUAAUUAUAUUUCGUAAAAAAACAAAAAAGUUCAUCGAUCUUAUUAUCAUACUGUCCUCCCAAUCAUUUAAUUUUGACACAUUAUACGAACCAUAUAUAAGACAAUCUAAUCGAAUCAAGACGAUUCUCAAUACAACGACACAUAUUCGGCAGUUUAUUAUCUUAUAUCUUAUAUUAUAUUAUAUUAUAAUAUAUAUAUAUUUUAUAAUUUUGAUAUUCUUUUAUGAAUUUUUCUAUAAGUAUGUAUAUAAAUGCACAAUCUAUAAUAUGUAUGAUAAAAUGUAAAAUCGUUUACGGUACAGAAUGUUACAAUCUUUUUAGCUGUAAAUAAUGCAAAGUAAGCUACGAACAUGUGUUGUUGCAUUGAAACAUAUACGUUAUGUCCCCGUUCCUUGAAUUAAUUUCUAUUCUGUGGUUCAUUUUUAAAUGUCUAUUAUUAGUCAAUCAAAGCCUUAAUUUUUUUAUUUUUCGUUUUUAUCUUAUUUUGACUGAUAAAAGUACCCUUUAAACCUUUUACCAGUAACCUUUUCACUAUUUACUAUAUACUAUACAAAUAAAAUAAUUUCUGCAUCAUAUGCAAUUAAUUAUUUUAAAUAUUUUAUAC